CUUUUAAGACCAGAGAUGAUUUUGCCUGUUAAUAGUUGCAUCAUUCUGUCGAAGCAGAUGAGUUGGGCUGUCAUCGGAAUUGCGUAGUUCGACACCACUUUGGAUGAACACGCUUUUUACAAAAUCUGGAAUCUUCCCGCCUGAACGCCUUUCUGUUGUUUAAGGGUUCAUGUUGGGGAGAGGUCUGAAACGCAAACUGAGUGACUAUGAGGAAAACAUGGCUGGUCUCUCAAGUGCCUUUGAUUCCAGUCGGAAUCUAACAUAUCCACUUAAGAGGCAGUUAGUGCUGAACAUGUGCCUCACCAAGUUACAAACAUACAAAAUGCUGGUGGAACCAGACUUGCACCGCUCUGUCCUCAUAGCCAACACAGUGAGGCAAAUUCAAGAAGAAAUGAGACAAGAGACUAGCCAGCAGCCAGUUAAUGUCUGCAGUGGCAUUGGCCUUCAUUCUCAAAACUACACAGGAGUUGAUUCAGCUGGAAUUGCUGCACAGUUGCUUUCAGGUGUUAACCAACAAGAGUCUAACUGUUGUGACUCGCGGUCUGCAGAGGAGCCAAUUGAAAAUGGUCUGCUCAUGGUUUCAGAUGAUGACAUGUCAUCUGCCAUUUCCUCCAUUCUGAAGGAUUUGGAUUUCAUGGAAGACAUAAGCCCACCUACCUGUUUGGUUCCUGCUGGAGAUGAUCAGCCAAAGUCUCCGGAAAAUGUAGGUCUAAAACUAGAAGAUGAUAGGCAAGAGUUGAAGGGAGCUGAAUGUGUGUUUGGUUCCUUUGAAAUUUCAAAUUCCACCAGUUACUUGAAGGAUUUGAUUAUAGACGACAUCUUUGAAGAUAUUGACACUUCAAUGUAUGAUUCGGACUUCUGCUGUCCUCCACUGAUGCCAUCCAGAUUACCCCCUGCUACUACAGAAGAAACGUUGAAAACCUUCCCAACUUGCAAUUCUUCCUCCACAAACAAUAUUCAGAUAUGUAGAACAGAUCUGAGUGAGCUGGACCACAUCAUGGAAAUUCUUGUUGGAUCCUGAUAUUUAUUAUUUAUCCCAAAGAUACUUUUUCUAUACUGCCACUUAACUAUGGUUUGACGAUAAAGCCACUGGGAAAAUUUUAUAAAGAAUUUUCUUAAAAUGAAAAAUGCAAUUGUCCCUGGGUGAUUCUUUUAAAAUAUUUCCAAAAGUUAUAAAGCAAACAAGUGGCAGAUAUUUUUUUUAAAAAUGAAAUAUUUAUUUAAGAAAUUGUGCAAUCAUCUUUUUCCUUCCACAGUGUUUGUAUGGAAAUAUGCACAUGCCCUUCCCAGCCCUCAUUCCCCUCUGAAUAAACUUUAUGUGCAAUUUUUAAUUUAUCUGAAGAAUUUACAUGUAAAAUGAAUUUCAUAUAAGGUGGUCUCUUACUAAGACUAGAUUUUAUUUUUAAUAUUGAAAUGCAUGCCAAGUAGGCAUACAUUGAGUUGCAUGUUCGGAUAGUACAGAUCCGACAGCAUUACUAGAGAUAUGGGUAUAUUUUAAAAAUACUGAGACACAAAUCUUUCUUCACUUUGGUUGGAAAACCAGACUCGAGACACUUGUCAGCAAAGUAUCUUGCAUUUUCUAAAACAUUCAAAACUAUUUAUUUUUGUAAAUUUUAUAGUCUUUCUACAUUUUACUAUGUUGUUCAUCAUAGCUUAAAUAUGAGUUUCUAGGUGGAUGUGGCUAGCACUACCUCUCUAAGCUGAAAUGCUUUAACUCUUUCUAGUGCUUUGUCAAAGACUACAGAUUUUUUCCCUUUUUGUUCCUGGGUGGUGAGGGUUUUUUUUCUUUAUGGGGAGAAAAUCUUUUUAAUUCAUUGAACAGAUCCUUUGUUUGACAGUGAUGUAGCUGAUUUGUGAAAUUAAGGGUAUUAAAUGUUUAUAAUUUGUACAAGUAUUUACAAAUGUAAUUUAUAUGUAGAUUGUCCAAUUUAACAUUUUUCUGUCAGUAUUAUGUGCUUAGAUUUUGAAUAAUCUUGGCAUUCUUUAAAUUAGCAUUUAAUAUGUACAGGUAGGUCUUUUUUGUUCUUUAUGGAGAACACUGUUUCUCAGUCCUGUUUUCACUACAGAGCUAGAUGAUUUUUAUGUGCAAUAUUAAAUAUACACAUUUGCACACCUGGCAUCUUGGAGCAAAGUGCUUUAAAUUUGAACUUGCAAAGUAGCACCUUUGGAGGGUACCUGAAGAGCCAACAUCUCUAUAUCCUUUAAGAGACAACUUAAGAAACUAUUUCUUAUAGUAAUAAUCCUUAUUGUUUAAAUUACUCCUAAAUAUUAAUUUAAAAAUGGUGAGUCAUCUCUGAGUAAGUACCAUCCUGCAGCUGUGAGCUCAGGGGUCUCGCCACUUGUGUGCAGCAGCAGGACUGGCCUUCAUGUGCAGAAAGCAUGUCUGUCUUAGAUAUGGAUGACCAUCAAGAGUUCCUUGUAGUUAGCAAGGGGGGGGAUUAUUUGUUUGUUUUGUUUUUACAUAUAUAUAAAUGCAUUCAUUAACUAAAGAUGAGGUUUGCAGUGAGAAUUAUUUUUCCCUGGAGUAGUCUGAUCUUUUUUUUUCCCCCAACUCAAACUGGGAUCCCUGGAAGUGCUUUCUGAAUAAGGUAUUUGGCCACCUGUAUUUUUCUAGAAACUUGCAUUGUAGCCUUCAAAGCCGCAGCACGUUGAUAACGUAUGUAGUUUUAAAAGCAUUGCUGUUCCACCUCACAGGGUAACUGUUGUCCACGUCCCCUUUUUUUUUCCUCAUCCAGAAGAUGUACAGCCGUAACCAUGUAGCCAUCUUGGCUAUUGUAGUAUUCUGUUUU